GAGUCGUGACCGUAUCGUAUCGUAUCGGUAUCGAUCAUAUUCAUAUGUUUCAGUAUAGAUUUAAUAUCUAAUUACCUUUUGUAAGUUAAAGUAACACUUUUGUGUAUAGACUGCAAUUCGCGCGAAACUAUGCAUAGGGAAUGCCCCUGCAUGAACACAAUGCACUCCGCUACUCCAUGCUUUGGGUUCAUUGGUUAAGUAAUGUGUUCAAGUGUCGAAAAAUAGCGUUGAAAAUGGCCGAAAAUAAGUCUAACUUUAUAUAAACAGCAUUGGUAUUUAAUGUAACAUUAUGCCAAGUUACAUGUACAUUAUUCAUUAACAUGCAUACUAUAAAAUUUCCCAACCUUAUAUUAUUGUGGGUUCAGGGUUUUGCUUUUAUUUGAUACAUUCAGUCUCAUUUUUUAUACUUUCCUAUUUCCAGCAGGUUAUGGUUUCUUUUAAGAGUUACAUUGAAAUUGUUACAUGAAACAUCAUGUAUGCGUGGGGGAAAAGCAUUAUUGGGAAGUCAUUUGGAAACGGGGCCAAUCUGCAAGUGCCCACAGAAAUAAACUGCUUUGGAAAAACAAUAAUAAAAUCAGUUCGAGUCAGCAGGACAAUUGCUGUGUUCCUACUCGAAGAUGGUACAGUUCAUACUUUCGGAGCCGAAAAUGACAACAUUGGACAUUCUGCGGGAUCGACCAAAGUUAGCGCCUUAGAAACUGUUCAUAUUGUGGAUAUUGCUCUUGGAGAUUCCCAUAUACUAGCCAUUGAUGACAAGGGAAAGGUAUAUGGGUGGGGUGGUAAUGAUAAAGAUCAACUUGGGUGGACGGAUGGCAACUGCUAUCCUUCCCCAAAGAAAAUCAAAUCGCUUUCAAAUAAAAUUGUCCAAGUAGCUUGUGGGCAUUCUCACAGUCUGUUUUUGGGCAGCAAUGGAGCUUUAUGGUCGGCUGGUAGUAAUAACUAUGGUCAACUUGGUUUUGGUGACAAAUCCUCCACAGAACUUCGGCCAUUGAUCUCACUUAAAGGGAUUCCAUUUUCUCAGAUCUCUGCUGGAUUCUGGCACAGUUUUUGUGUGACACAUUCAGGGGCGGUGUUCUGCUGGGGUAGAAAUGAUAAUGGCCAGCUUGGUCUUGGUGAUUGUGUGGAUAGGAAUGUUCCAGUGCUGCUCAAAGCAUUGAGGUCCCUGUCUGUUAAGUACAUAUGCGCAGGAGAGCUACACACUGCAGCACUAACCUUAGAUGGUGGUGUGUUUACCUUUGGCUCAAAUCAGUUUGGUCAGCUUGGCCAUGGGAGUUCCGGGCCUGAACCAUUACCUGUCUCCACACCAAGGAAAAUAUUUGAGCUAAUGGGUAAUGAGGUGACACAAAUUGCAUGCGGUGCCCAACAUACCGUUUGCUAUGUUGGCAAAACAGGGAAUGUUUACACUUUUGGGAAUAACAACCAUAGUCAGUUAGGGUAUAUACCAAAACACCCAAGAAGUGAAUUUGUGCCUCACCCUCUUUCAAGUGAUAUGUGGACAAGUAGUGCUUCAACGUCAUCUUAUCCCAAACUUAAUUCUGUGUUUGUAAAGGAAAUUGGUGCAGGGAAAACUGAGUCAUUCAUUUCAGUUUCAACAAGACCAAACUCAUCUGAUUUUCGCCGAAUCCCGACCCACCAGCAGAUUUUUACUCUUUCUGACGAGUUUAUCAGCAAACUACAGAGCUUAGAAAACACCAAGAUCACUCCUGAUGUUGCAAACUACCUUGAAACAAUAAUGGGUUCACAAUCUUGCAUCAACGCAUCUUUUCUUGCAAGCGACCACUACAAAACCAGCAACAGUUAUCAUGGAAUAAGUUUAAUGUCAGUUCGACUCCGAUUUUCAAAGCUUUGCAAAUGCACUUGUACAGAUGUGCAGUCUAUCAUGGUAAAAUCAAUGCAAAGUAGCUUGUUACCCAGUAUAGCAAGAAGCCAACCAGAUAUUGAGACAUUACGGGUAUUUGUUCUGCUUCCCGAAUGUGACUUGUUUACAAAUUCAGAAAAUUACGGCAAAAUCACAUUCCCAUUUGCAAACCUUGUAAUGUCACUUGAUGUUGCGCCUUCUAAGAUUCUGGAUCGCUGGUACAGAGCAAUGGAACCCCUGUAUUUUGCUCGCCCCAUUGAUAUAUAUAAGCAAUCCAUUAAAAAUGUGUUAGACCGCCCUCAUUCUGUUGAUGCGAGAGUAGCAGAGACAGGUGUACGCAGUGCUCUGGAUUUUCUUGGUAAAUUAAACACUGUGAACAACACUGGUGAGGUGCCAAUAGUUCCAUACCAAAGAUUCUACCUUCCAGAGAUCACUAAGCUCAUAAACCUGGAAGAUGAUUAUGUUCGAUGGUUAAGAGGCAAUUCACAAGUUGUCAUCUUCUGCAAUUACCCGUUUUUAUUGAACUCGGUGGCCAAGUCUUCUCUGCUUCAUAUUGAUGCAGUGUGGCAGAUGAGAGCUGCAUACAGUGAGGCACAGGAUAGGAACAUGGCUUCUUUAUUUAGUUUCAGCACACAUGCAAUGCUAGAAACUCCUGUUUUGGAACUGGAAGUGCGAAGGUCCGACCUGCUACAAGAUGCAUUGAACCGCUUAGCUAUGGUGGAUGUACGCAGCUUCAAAAAACCUUUAAUGGUAAAGUUUGAUGGGGAAGAAGGCCAGGAUGAAGGUGGAGUUAGGAAAGAAUUCUUCAUGCUUAUAUUGAAAGAGGUUCUUGACCCUAAGUACGGGAUGUUUCGCUUUUAUGAUGAGUCUCAUUUGAUAUGGUUUUCGGAUUGGGAACUUGAAAGUGAGAUGAUGUAUUUCCUGGUUGGAUUGAUAUGUGGGCUCGCUAUAUAUAACGACACCAUCAUCGAUAUUUGCUUUCCGUUAGUUCUUUAUAAAAAACUGCUUGGUGAGCCACCUUUGUUUACAGAUCUGGCAGAAUUAGAUCCAACAUUGUCACGAAGCAUGAACCAUUUGUUGGAGUACCAGAGUGAUGUCCAUUCUAUUGAAGACACAUUCUGUUUGAACUUCACAGUGAGCCGCGAUAACUUUGGAGAAACGACAGAGGUCGAUUUAAUAGCUGGCGGAUCCAAUAUUCCAGUCACUGCGGACAACAGAAAGGAAUAUGUUCAGAGUUACAUCAACCACUUGUUCAAUACAUCCGUACAAAGGAAAUUUGAAGCUUUUAAUAAAGGUUUCCACAAAGUUUGCGGCGGAAAAAUCCUCCAGUUAUUUCGUGCAACUGAGCUGAUGGAAAUGGUGGUCGGAAACCAGAACUAUAAUUGGGAGGAAUUUGAAAAGUCAGCAGAUUACAAGGGGGAGUAUUAUCGCCAACAUCCAGUAAUCAGAAUCUUCUGGAGGGUCUUCCACAAGUUUUCACUCGAGGAGAAAAAAGAUUUUCUUCUUUUUCUUACAGGUUCGAACAAAAUUCCGAUAACAGGCGUGAAAAUUAUCAUCCAGCCUGUAAAAACCUCUGAGAACCAUUUACCAGUCGCACAUACAUGUUUUAAUUUGCUUGACUUACCGUACUAUACAACUGAGCAUACAAUGGACAUGAAACUAAAGCAAGCCAUGUUAAAUAAUCAAGGGUUUUAUCUAAUUUGAUGACCCCAGUAUUUAAAGUAGUUCAAGCUAAAAUCAAAUUAGUUCAUAUUGUAACCCACAUAUCUAUGAAAUACUAGUAGUUCAGUUAUUUAAGCCAUGUAAUUUCACACUGUAGUCAAAAUUGCUUCAUUAAUUCUAUGUUGAUAGUGAAACUGAUAUGUUGAACCUACAUUUGCUUAUUUGCAUUGAGCUAUUUUAAACUAUUUCCUUGGUGGCCUCUGUCUUAGUUGCUUCAUAUUUUUGCCUUUUGUUUGUGGUGUUACAAGUUACCUUUAACUAAUGCACUGCAAAUAAAAAACAAACUUUAUUUUACCGAGAAAAAACAGUAGUAAGCUUGUCUUACAAACGAAAAUAGGAAUCCAUUUAAUGUUAACCAUUUCCAUAUAAUUUAACAUAAAGUCACUCACUAAAGUAAACUAUGCGGCUUCUAUGCCACAUAAAUAUUCUUAUCAUACUUAAAACUUUACUGUUUUAUAUUUUUUCUUUCUAUUUGUUGGUGUGUGCAAGUUUUCUUUUUAUUUAAAAUGCGUAGUUGACAUUACUGAGCCUUCUAUGCUGGCCUUCCAUGUUUUCAUGCAUUGAUGCAGAAGCCUAAUAUGAACGUUUACUUCGUUAUAUAUCUUUGCUUUUCAACCUUAUGGCAGGCACAAAAAUAUCAAACUUGAUUUAGAAAAAUAACCUUUGGUAAUCUGACUACAAAAUAUGCCAAUUUUUGUAAAAACACCCAAUUUUUUUUGUAUCCACUAAAACUUGAAAAAAACCUUUGAUAACCUGACCAAAAAAAUUAUGCCAAUUUUGUAAAAAGUGAUCAAUAUAAAAUAAUUUUUACAACAGUUUUACAACUCUAAUGGAAAAUCAGAGGUUGGGAAACAUUUUGUAUACUGCUGUAGCAUCUUAACUUUGAACAGUCUCUAUAUUCAUGAUACAUGUUGAUGUUAUAUAUAUUGCAAAUUUAGUAAAAUUUUAGUCAAAGUCUUUAAAAUUUGUGAAAAUUUAGUUUAAAUUUUAAAAAUUUGUGAAACUUCUUUUUUUCCUUUUCUUUGUUUCAUUGUAAUUAAAUUGUUACGAAAUAUCGACUGCAAUAAUUUCAUGUCAGGUUACCAAUUGUAUUUUCACCUGUUUUUCUUUCCCACUAAG